AUGGCGGAAGCGCACAGUAUUGCGGCGCUGUCCGUUUCGUUAACGCAUGAUGGUAUAUCAGUAUCUUACGAUUAUGCAUUGCUUAAUGAAAUUUUACAUUCAUUUUCUCGAGCUUACAAAAAACGUGUUGCACGUUUUAAGAAUAACUUUUACAACGGUAUCUUCCCAGCAAAUGCUUAUACGAUGUGUAUAGUUAUGUUUGUGGUCAGUCUUUUGUCGGCGUUUCAUCAUGAUUUUUCAUUUGGUAUACUGUAUUUAUUGCAACAUUAUAUCUUCAAUUCAUUUUUUGGAAAUGGAUUAUUUUCGCAAGCACUUACACUUAUGCUAUAUAGUAUUUUUGUAUGGUUCGUGAUAAUUCAAGUCAUUCGGCUAAGUCUCAAAUGUUUUUUGCUCUACAAAGGUUGGAUGUUUGAGAAUCCAUAUUUACGGCCACCUUCAAAAUCAUCGAAGUUGUGGUUGGCUAUUUUACAUCUAUUAUCAAAAAGUGGUCUGAUGUUACAUUCAUUUCAAGGAGCUUUGCCACAUUUACCGUUACCGCGGCUGGACGACACUCUUUAUAAGCACCUUUGUACGAUGCGUCCAGUAUGCACAGACAAAGAAUAUGACGAGCUAGUUCAGCUUACAAAAGAAUUUCGUAAUGGAGUGGGGCGGCAUUUGCAGUGGUACCUAAUUAUUAAAUCUUUUCUUUCGAUUAAUUACGUUUCUGAUUGGUGGGAAGAAUUUGUUUAUUUGCGACAGCGUUCUCCGAUAAUGAUCAAUAGCAAUUACUAUGGCAUGGACUCAAUCGUGGCACAUCCGACACAUAAUCAAGCCGCUCGUGCCGCUGCUGUGACUUGGGCGGCGCUUUUAUUCCGACGCAUGAUAGAACGGCAGGAAAUAAAACCGUUUUCGUUCUUAUCACAAUACAAAAUACCGUUUUGUACCGCUCAGUAUGAACGAAUGUUCAACAGUUGCCGCGUGCCAUAUUUGGAAAAGGAUAGGUUUUAUCACUGGAGUGAUGCGAAACAUGUUGCAGUGUAUUGCAGUGGUCGUUGGUUUCGUCUUGCCAUUCAUAAUGGGAAAAGGUUAUAUGAGCCAUGCGAACUGCAGAAAGGUUUUGAAGCGAUAUUGAAUGAAAAAGUUAAUUCAGAUGAUGAAGAAAGUCAUAUUGCUGCUUUAACAGCCGGCAAUCGAGAUAUGUGGGCGCAAGCACGCAGGAAUUACUUUACUUCCGGAAUCAAUCGACUUUCGUUGCAUGCAGUUGAAAAAGCUGCAUUUGUAGUUAUACUGGAUGAGCAGGAAGUUUUCUAUGACUCCAAUGAUCCAUCGAAAUUGGAUUAUUGGGCUAGCAGCUUAUUGCAUGGUACUGGAUGUGAUCGUUGGUUCGAUAAGUCAUUCAAUCUUAUUAUUUUUAAAAAUGGUCGUUUUGGUAUCAAUGCUGAACAUUCUUGGGGCGAUGCGGCAGUGGUGGCUCACUUAAUGGAAUUUUGUGCCAGAAAAACAGUUUGUGAAUAUAGUUACGAUAAAAAUGGAAAUACAUGUGGAAAAGUUGGAUCAAUCCCGAAAUAUGAUCGAUUGCGAUGGAAUAUUACUCCUGAAUUAAAAACUACAAUAAUGAAAUCUUUCCAAACAGCACGUGCUUUAAUUGAUGAUGUAGAAAUGGCUUUAUUAGUUUGGACUAAAUAUGGUAAAGGCCUUAUAAAAAAGUUGCGGGUAUCGCCAGAUGGCUUCCUUCAAUUGGUUUUACAAUUGGCCUUCUAUCGUAACCAGAAAAAGUUCGCGUUGACUUACGAAGCAUCAACGACACGUUUAUUCCGAGAAGGACGAACAGAAACUGUCCGAUCAUGUUCCUCAUAUAGUUGUGAUUUUGUUCACGCUAUGCUGGAUUCAACUCAAACUCAUGAGGAGAGAUUGAGGUUGCUUCGUGUUGCCUGUAAUUAUCAUCAAACAAUGUAUCGUGAUGCGAUGUGUGGUAAAGGGGUUGAUCGACAUCUUUUUGCUCUGUACAUUGUUAUGCGCUAUCUAAAACUUAAAUCACCAUUCCUAGAAAGAAUAUUCCCGCCCACUUUUUUACUUUCUACCAGUCAAACACCAUUGAAUCAAUGCGGCGAAGAAGUGGAACACUCUAAUCUGGAUUUUCAUAAAUUUGCCACUGCUGGUGGUGGUUUCGGACCAGUAGCUGAUAAUGGUUAUGGCGUUUCUUAUAUUAUUGUCGGCGAUGAUAUAAUUUCUUUCCAUAUUUCCUCGAAACGUUCAGCGGAUAAUACGAGUUCGAUAGGAUUACGAGAUGAUAUCAUCAAAAGUCUUGAGGAUAUGAGUCUACUUUUGCAAGAAUAA